AUGACUGAUCCAGCCACUUUAUCACCGCAUUUGGCAUCGAGGCAUUCGAUGUCAAAGGAUUUAUUAGUAAAACGUAGUUCAAUUAAAGGGCAAAUUGCUAGAUUUAGAAAUUACUUAAACAAAGUUACAAAGCAGCCCUCGCUGACGACCAUUGAGAUUGCUGAAUUGUCACUUAAACUCAGCAAGUUCGAGGGUCAGUUGGCCAAAUACGACGAGCUGCAAACUCAGAUCGAAUUAAUAAAUUCUGAAAAUUUGGAUUUUGAGAUGGACGAGCGUGAACGCAUUGAAAUCUCUUGUUCCAGCCAUAUCACGCGGACGGCGAGCUGGCUACCGCCGGCGGAGAGCUGGCCAUCCAGCAGGGAAGGCAGCAGCGGCAGCCAGGCGGAGGACGAGGAUGACCUGCCCUAUGGCUGGGAGCAGGCCAUGGAUAGCCAUGGGAAGCCUUACUACAUCAAUCACGUCAACAAGACGACUACGUACGUGGCGCCCGAAGGCUGCUCGUGCGAGUCUCCCCCCGCCCCCCGGGACGUGGUCUUGGAGCGAGACCCCGAGCUGGGCUUCGGCUUCGUGGCGGGGUCCGAGAGGCCGGUGCUGGUCCGGUUUGUGACCGACAACUCGCCUAGCGUCGGCAAGCUAGAACCAGGCGACCAGAUCCUCUGCGUGAACGGCGAGGACGUGAGCUCUGCCGCGCGUGAGCACGUGAUCGCGGCGGUGCGCGCGUGCGCCGACAAGGUUACGCUGCGCGUGUGUCAGCCGGCACGGAGCGGGAACCCUAUGAGGAGGUCAGCGUUGCUGUCGGCGGCAAAGAGGGCGCGACUGAGGGCUAGGCCUCCGAGGGUCCGGUUUGCGGACUCGGUGCAGCUGAAUGGGGCUCCCAUGUAUCCCCCUUCCGCCUUUUCUCUCGGAGACCUUUGCCUACCACCAAUGGCGAACGUCCUAAAGGUUUUCCUCGAGAACGGUCAAACCAAGUCAUUCAAGUACGACACCACCACCACCGUCGCAGACGUCGUGCAAAGCCUGAAGGACAAACUGUGCAUCACGGCUGACGAACACUUCAGCUUAGUUGUUGAACAUGUCAAGAGUUUGAGGAGGAAUAAGCUCACGUUGUUGGAUCCGAAGGAAUCUUUAGCGAGGAUCGCUGCCCGCCCCGGUUCCCACAAGAUGCGUUGCCUCUUCCGAGUGGUGUUCAUGCCUAACUCGGCUGCCGAGCUGGCCCAACGUGACCUGGCUGCCCUGGACUACCUUUACAUGCAAUGCUGCAACGACGUGGCUCAAGAACGGUUCGCGCCGGAACUACAGCCAGAUGUGGCGCUGCGGUUGGCAGCACUGCACAUGCAUCAACACGCGCUUGCUAAUAACCUCUCGCCGGCCAAGCUGACUGUUAAGGCUGUUGAAAGAGAGUUCGGCCUAGAGCGGUUUAUUCCAAGCGGACUGCUAGAGAGUAUGAAGCGUAAGGAAUUGCGGCGGUUACUGGCUCACUGUCUCAAACUCAACUCGCAGAUGACCGGCAGUCAGAGGCAGCUCACACAACUACAGGCGAAGCUGCACUACCUGGACAUAGUGGCGGGGCUUCCGAGCUACGGCGCCAAGUGCUUCAGCAGCAGCCGGCCGGAGCGGGUGCUGCUGGUGUCGCCGAGGUUUGGACUCAGUCAGAUCAUCGGGAGGAACAACUCUGUGCCUCAAUCGAUCGCCUCUCUGGAAGAGGUGGAGGGCAUCAGGGUGAAGGGCUCGGGCGCGGGCAGCGCGGACGUGGCCAUCUUCCUGCGCCGCGACCGCGUGCUGGCGCUGCUGAUGGACGAGCGCGACGCCGGCGAGAUGCCGCUCGUCAUCGCAGGAUACUACCGUCUUGCUACGGGCCAGGAACUGAAUGUAGAACAAGAAAGAGAACCUAUAACAGAAGAUAUAGCUCCACCAUAUUUAUCUCAACACAAUGUGGUGCCAACCAAGUGGAGUUAUUUACACUUCGACGAUCCCAAUGUUCUAUCCAAGAAGCACUACGCCAUCUUCAGCAUGCCGCCGCCGUACCACUCCACGCCCGACCAGUCCAGGGCCAGCCUCGACACCAACAUGAACUCUAUGUCCAACAAAAACAGCAACCAUUCAAGCCCCUUGAUCGGAUACGACUCCAAGGGACUCCUAGGACACGACGUCCACUUCGACAAAUGCAAGAGAAACGAAGACUUCAGACUCUUCGAUCCAAACGACUCCUGCUAUCUUGACGACGGAAUGGGCUUCGACCUCCAAAGCGUCCUCUCCAUGGAACUCCUAGAAAACGCAACCAACAACCCCAAACUAGUAGAGGCCAAAAACGAGGAAGUGUUGCGAAGAGUAGCAGAAAUGCAAAAGCUCGUCGAAAACUCCGAACAAUAUUUGACUGAAAAUUGUGAUGUUUUUAAUGAUGAUCCUUAUAAUGAUGGCAUUUUAAGAGACGAACUAGUAGGUAAAGAAACGUGUGUAGAUAAUACUGAAAGUGAUACCGAAUCUAAUAAUAGUAGGAUGUCCGCGGCUGACGACGCCCCAGGCAUACUGAAGCAUAGCGAUUCUUUAUUACUUCUUACGGAAACCAUUAACCAAGGGUUGAGUGUUUUGAACGUACCGGAAAAUGGUACAGACAAUAACAGUGUUCCUCUAACCAAUCGCCAGUCUCAAGGCCUCAGCGCUAUACUGAAUAACUGUGGCUUAACGGACGCUUUAUUAGCUUUAAACAGUGAUCUCUGCCAUUCCGAAAGUGAUAACGAUUCUCUAUAUACACCGACAAACAGCCCUAUACGAAGACACCAGAAUAAGCCUACUAAUAAAGUAGUUAGAACUAGUUUCGGCCUGCAUAGCCCAGACCCGCAAGACAAUAAAGAACCGAACUUAAAAGAAUAUUUAAAGCAACUUAAAGAAAAGAGCAGUCAAGAAGACGCUAAAGCUGCCGAGGUACCAUUUUUUUACCAAGAAACUUUGGUGGACAAUGACGCCGAGCUUAUAGAUUUAACUUUAAUACCUCCCCCGCAAACCCCUGAUGAACUAGAUUGUGCUACUCAAGUGCCUCAAAUUUUGCCAGUCGUACCACCUUCGUUUGCUGACGACAGAGAAAAUGUAGUACAAAACAGUAGCUAUGCUGCGCCAAAAGCGAAUACGCUCGAAGAGUUUAUUGCUAAUGUCACAAUACAGCCACCAACUGUCAAAGUGACGCCAGCUAUAGAAUUAACUCCGGAGGAGAUACUGUCGUACAUAAUCCCUCCUCCGCCUGGCUCAAAUUCGUCGACUUUAGACAGAGACCAAGUCAGCUACGCUAAUCAUUCUCAAAUUCUCGAGGCAAAAAAUGCUCAAAAUACUAAUAUUGAUGUCAAGCCUAGUAAUGGUGAGGUAGUGAAAGGUACGUUAAGCGUUAGUGAGAUUAGGAAUAUGUUUACAGCAAAAAGUUUAAGUGAUGCUAGAAACAGCCUUUUGCUGAAAGAUAAGAGCAAGACUCAAGUUCAGGGUAAGUCAGAUUCGCCAAAAGGUAAAAGAAAAAGCAUUAGCGAGAAGCAGUCGAACGGGACCGCACAUGUGAUUGAAUAUCCUACUGUAGAAAGGAAAGGAAUGUUUUCAUGUUGUAGCAAAGAUAAGAAUAAAUCCGAUGACAGUGAUGAGGCUGAUAAAGUUGAAGGCCACUUAGAAAAUUCAGAUUCCAUGCCGGACGUUUGUGAAAUAAGGCCUCCUCCUCGAAGAAAAAACUCUGAAGUGCGUAAAGCACCCGAGAGACCACCCAAAACGCCACCCGCGCCUGCGCCUAGACCACGAUCGAACUCAUUCACGUGCCUGAACAAUGAAUUGAGUGCGGUGGAAAUUCCCAAUAGUCAUUUCAAUACGCUGAAUAAUAGAAAACUUAAUUACAAAGUUGUAUGCGAAAUCAACGAGCAAUGUGCUGAUCCACCGGUGCUCCCUCCAAGAAUAGAGAACAAAGUAUUGCCGCCACCGCCACCGCUCCUACUCCCGCCCAAGAAACCGCCGCUACCGCCCGUACCGAGCAUCGAGGUUCUUCGACUGAAGAACGCUCAGAAGCAAUCUCCCCUAAGAAACUCAGAGCAACGUCUAGCCAGCAUCGGCUCGCCGCACUUCCAGCGGAAUCUGAACACGUACCGCAACCUCGAAAAUGAGAGCCGGAUGACCGACGAGGAGCCUUUAAACGUGCGCUCCUCGCAGAACUACAGCUCGAUGACUUUGCAGAGCAGGCACGUGCGGUCGCACUCCGAAACUAAGAACACCAUACUGAAGAAUAAGGAGAUGUCGACAGCCUUAUCUCUGUGCUCGCCCCAGAUGAACCGGCGGUUUAGCAAUCGUCCGGAUCUGUUGAACGGUGCCCCGACAAAUGAGCAUAAGGUGUUCAGUCCUCCGCUGGCGGAGCGAAAGGCGUUCCGAUUGGAGAGUGGGAGCCCGACGCCGAAGGUUCAGAAUCAUGUACGCUUCAAAGAAGACGUUGUGGACGACAUUCCGACGCCUCCGUCACCGCCAGCGGGGUUAUUGGCGGGGCAUAAUGGCCAUGUGCCGCUUGAAGCGCUGCUUCGCAAGACGGAGGCGGCGGUGGACGGGCUGCUGCAGCGGCUGCACGUCGCAGCACAGACCUGUUCGCACCAGCACGCGCACGGUGGCGGAGAAGAUAUCGACGAAAUCAAGUUCCAGCGCGCACGCAGCGAGCUGACGUCAUGUGCCGUAUCCCUAGUGGGCGCGUCACGUGCGCUCGUGGGCGCUUUGGGCGCGUCCGCCCCCUCCCCCGCCGCCUCAGCCGCCCCCGCCGCACUGGCUGACUGCCUCGCGCCGCUACGUAGACUGGCUGACCUCGCACAGGCGCUUGGCAGACAUACCUCAGCGCCUCUCCAAACCAGGAACCUGGUUCUACGAGUGCACGACGUCACGGCUGCCUUCAAAGAGCUGGCAGGCGCCGACAUGGCAAAGAUCAUUCACGAGCACAACACCAAAAAGGCCCAGGGCCAAGGACAAGACACCAACUCCACCCUAGAAGGCCAACUCGCACUCAGAGCGGAAUGCUUAGCCAACGUCCUGGCCACGCUGCUUCGAAGCUUAAGAGUUUUUUCGCCAUAAAAUAUUUAAAAAAAAAACUACUGUCACAAUGACAGAUCACAACCAUAGACGUAACUACCCACCACAGAAAAGGCCACCAACCGGCCAGCAUCAUUUCCUUCGACUAAAUCGAGCUAUGCAACCGGAACGUAGUGUAAAAAUAGUUUUCAUUUGUUAUUAUUAAGAAUUUCUGUUGAAAUGUAACCGUUACUAAAAUGAGACCAAAUAAAAUUAGGUACGUUUGUAUAAUUGUAGUUGGCAACACCUUGUGUUAAUUUUAGUUGUAGUUUUGUAAAUUUUAACAUGCGUUAAUAUUUAAAUAUGUUGUUAAAUACCUGUAUUUUUGUCUUGUGAACUUAUUUUAGGAAUCACUAAAGCUUUUUCGCGAGUCACUUUGAUUACCUUCAUUCUUUACUGUAGAAGUAUUCAUAAAAUUAAAGGUCUAAUGUAUAAUCGACUAUGUUACAUAUUAUGAGCCAGAUACAUAGUUUUAUAGUACACAUAUAUCAAUAAAAUGGCUCAAUGUAUUUUGAAAUAGAUACUUAUAUCAUCACUGUGACUCAAAAAGCGACUAUAUUGAUAUCUGGCUAGGACCGUAGUAUUUCUUCUGGUCAGAACUUUACAUAAGAUUCCAGUGUUACCAUAGAGGUUAAUUUACAUUUACCUAUACAUAUCUAUUUACAUAAUUAUUGUAUAUUUCUACUUAAGGGCAUGUGAUGGCGAUGUAAGUCCAAUAACUUUGUCAUAUCUCAAUGUCUACUAACCAUAUCUUGCAUGAGUUGUCGUUGAUUGCAGUUUGAUUAUGUUUUAGUACGUGAAAUCGUUGUAAUUGCCGCGCUGUAAAAAUUUGGUGUUGCUAGAUGUAAAAUGUUUUUUUCUUCUGAGGCAAGGAAUUUAGUUGCAGUUUUAAAUAACUAUGUAACAUUUUAACUACGAUGUGUGAUUUUGAAUGUAUUAUUUUUAUAGCCUUAUUUUUUUAUCUAUUGUUUUAAGACAAGUUUUCCGUUGUUUUUUUCUUGUGACAAUUUCCAUGCCUCAGAACGGAUAAAAUGUUGCCAGCGCUCGUUUUUUGGUACACACGAUGUGCUGAUAUUAUAAUAUUGGUGCUAUUUUGAGGAUACUGUACUUUUUUGUAUUGUGAUCGGUUAAUAUCCUACACCAAUAUGAUAUUGUUUUAUCGAUAACACUGCACAGUGAUUUGAACUACCGAAUAAGUAUAAAUAAGGUUGUUUUUGCAAUGCAAUAAUCUAACGCCUAAUGUAAAGAUAUCUUGCUGUACCUCUUCACCUGCUGAGUACCUACAAUUGUUUUUUUUGCUCACGUUCCAAAGACAAGUGGAACCAAAGACAAUUUUGUUUCCCUGUUAAAAGUUUUUAUUUACAUAAUAAUAAAUAUUAUUUACAUUUUUCAUUCCUUCUUUGGCUCAAUGUUUCUUCUUGUUCUAUAGAGCAGAUUAUACUCGAAAUAUCGAAAUACUAAAUGCAUAGAAUAAUUGUUUUAAAUGCCCAUCUAGUACACAUUAAUUGUUCAGUAUUGUUUUAAUGAAUGCCUUUAAAUAUUGCAGUUUAUUCGCAUUAUUAGUACUUACCUAUUGUUAUUUAUAUUUAAUAAGUAUGUUUCUUCGUACUAAACUUUGACGCCAUAGUAAAGUUCUGCUUGUACGGAGAUAGCUAAGUUUUAGUAUAAUUAUUGAAAUGUCGGAAAAAACACGCGUCCUUUAUUUAUAGAUUAUUGAAAUUUCAUAAAACUAUGUAUAAAACACAUAGCUUUGAGUGAAAUAAGUACAUAAUAUAUUUUGCAACGUGUGUACUAUGUGGGCAUUUAAUCGUUGUAAUAUAAAAGAAACAUAGUUAAAACGUUAUAUACAAGGUAAUAAUGUAUCACACCAGUUUAUUUAUUGUUCAAAAUAACAUAAUGCAAUGCAUUUGAU